AUGGUAUCGCCGAUCGUUAGGCAGUCAUGGGCAGUAUCGGGUGUCCUGAUCAACAUGCUGGCACAAGGCAUGGUGCUGAGCUACCCCUCGAGCUUGCUGCCUGGUCUCCAAUCACCGGACUCCGAUAUUAAAGUAGACAUCAACAUCGCUUCAUGGCUGGCUUCGUCUGUUGGUGUGUCAGGAAUACCGGGGUUCCUUGUAUCGUCGUUCCUGAUGGAUUGGAGAGGGAGGAAGCUAGCGCACAUUCUGGUACUCGCACCUGGAAUUAUCGGUUGGCUUCUGAUUUUUUUUGCUAGGAACGUCGCACUCCUCAUGAUCGGUAGAUUCCUGAACGGUUUCACGACUGGCGGUACAGUGUUCUUGGGCGCAGUGGUCAUUGGAGAGUAUUCCUGCCCCAAAAGCAGGGGGACAUUCUUGAAUUUGAAAACGGCCGGUGUCUGUUUGGGGAGCAUGGUCAUCCACAUUCUAGGAUACUAUUUCCAUUGGAGAACCGUUGCGUUAUUGGGCAUGUUACCUUUCGUUGUUUCCUUCAUAAUAAUUUGCACUUGGCCCGAGAGUCCCGCCUGGCUGGCAUCAACAGGAAAGUUCGAGGACAGCGAGAAAUCCUUCUAUUGGUUGAGAGGACGCGACGAGGACUCCGAAAAGGAAUUUAACGAAUUGAUCAAAGCUCAAAAGAUGAAAGCAGCUUACAAUAAAAGAACUAGUGCUUGCGAGACAAUCACAGAUUUCUUAUUGAAAUUCACGAAGAGAGACUUCGUGAAGCCUUUAAUAAUAAUUGUUGUAAGUGCAGUACUAAUAGAAGCGAGUGGAAGGCACGUAUUCCCUGCGUAUGCGCUGCCGAUAAUCGAAGAAGUGACCGGGGAUAAUCUGCAGACAUUCUACUACACACUAGGCAUAGAUUUAAUCAUAACGACCAGCGCCACAUUCUCCUCCGUCCUAGUUAAAGUGUACAAACGGCGCACGAUUCUGUUCAUUACCGGUUUCUCUGCUUUGUUCGUCUUAAUCAUGGCGUGUUCUUACCUCUAUUUAGUGACCGUAGGUUUGAUAUCCAAAAGCUAUCCUUGGAUACCGGUAGCACUAUUUGUGCUGUUUUUCAUAUUGGUGAACUUGGGCUGCACACCGAUACCCAUCGCUUUGCUGGGCGAGGUUCUACCAUUGGCCCAUAGAGCGGCAGGCUCGGCUGUCGCUGGCUUUGUGCUCUCCGUAGCUGUGGUGGCCGCUCUCAAAGUGACACCGUAUUUGCUGGCCAGUAUCAAAGUCUACGGAACGUUUGGAGUCUUCGGAAUAACAAUGGGUUUGUCUUUAUUGAUGUUCUAUUUCAUCCUGCCCGAAACGAAGGACAGAACUUUGCAGGAGAUAGAAGACUAUUUCAAUAAUGGGAGGUUCAGGGAUGAGGAAGAGGAUCGUAAAGGCGAGGAGGGCGUGCGUAUGAAAAUGAUCACU